AUGUUUAAGACGUGGUUUAGACGCCUCACGGUGCUGGUCUCUAUACUGGCAAUCAUUGGAAAUGUCUACAUCUUCACCUACCCUUCUUUGCACCCACAAAGUUGCUCAUGGCGUUGUGCUAGUCAAAAAGUAGCUAUGGACGCUACAGAUUCUUUGUCUUUGAUAGAAAAGACCUCCUUUCACAUUCGUCGCUACCUGGACGAUGUCUGGAGUCACAUUGGAACGAAAAAAGGCGUGAAAAGAAGUUCAAAAAGGGGUCUGCCAUCUGAUGUCCAUCUUUUGGCUUUGGGAGAUCCACAAAUAAAGGGCAUUUGGAAAAGCACGCCAUAUUUGAGCAGACUAGACACGUACGGGAAUGACCACUACUUGGGCCAUAUCUUCAGGAUGAUGAAAAAAAGAUUAGAGCCUAGCCAUGUGGCAGUAAUGGGCGAUUUGUUCUCGUCACAAUGGAUCGGCGAUUCUGAGUUUUUUAACCGUACCGUGCGUUACACAAGCCGUAUUUUCCAACGUAACAGUACGUGGCUACAGAAUAUCCAGCAGCGGUCUCAUGAUGACAGUGGGUUGUACACUGUUGAUUGGCCCGCUUUUGCAGAUGACCUUGAAGAACGUUUGAAAAAAGAACCCAAGGACUUUGAGUUUGGUUUUAGCGAUGUGAAAAGUUGGGAUCCAGCCAACGAUGACUACCUUUUCAUCAAUCUCACUGGAAAUCAUGAUAUUGGAUAUUCAGGAGACGCCACGUACCAGCACAUGGCGCGUUUCGAGGAGCUUUUUGGCAAGGACAACUAUUGGGUUGAAUACGACCGCGACACAGAGCAUCCCUGGCGCAUUGUCGUCUUAAAUUCGAUGUUACUGGAGGGUCCUGCUUUGCAGCCCCAGCUGGUGGAGAAAACGUGGGAGUUUCUGUACCGUCUUUUUGAGCAGCGAUUUGAAGGUAGCACCGUUUUGCUGACACACGUUCCCUUCUACAAGACACCUGGGCUGUGUGCGGAUAGUGAACUUUUCCGUUACUAUCCACACGACUACGAAAGGGAGCCAUACAAACAGAACUUGUUGCGUUCUCAGAACCAUUUGAGCCAGGAUGCCACAAAACGCGUUUUGAACCUUAUUUUUGAUAACGACAAGCCAGGUGUUAUCUUGACGGGCCACGACCAUGAAGGCUGUGAGACAUGGUACAACAAGGACGCUAAAUCCGGCGACUGGACUGCGUCGAAAACGAUCCAGGCCUCGACAGAAUUGCAUAUUCGCGAGAUCACCGUGCGGUCCAUGAUGGGCGAGUUUGACGGCAAUGCUGGUCUACUUACAGGACAUUUCAAUUCACGCACGAAGCUGUGGGAAUGGUCCUUCUCGUUAUGUCCGUUUUCCAUCCAGCACGUGUGGUGGUUCACCAAAGUUGUUACCAUCUUAAGCGGUCUGUUUUUGUCGAUUCUGGUGGUGGUAUAA